CCGCGAUGGAAGCGGCCGCGGUUGGGGACGGGCAGCGGCUGAGCGCUCUCCGCGGCGCGCCUGCACGCUGACCGAGGAAGGGGCGGCCGCCGCCGCUCGGGGGGCUUCUGCAGCCCAGAAUGGACCCCCUCGGCUUUGCAGAUCCCUUUGUUUAUUCUGAGUUCAUGAAAACGGCAGGAAAUCAUGACUUCAAAAAUGGGAACUAUUCUGUGGCCAUCAGAAAGUAUGAUGAAGCAAUGCGUGCACUGCUUUAUGCGUAUCCAGCAGCAGGGAUUUCUCGUGACCGAGACAUGGCGGUGUUACUGUGCAAUAGAUCUAAUGCCUUUUACAAUCUAAAUAAAUGGGAUGAAGCAUUUUACUCAGCACAAGAAAGUAUCCAGUAUGAUCCAACUUAUGUUAAGGGCUACUACAGAGCUGGUUAUUCUCUGAGUAAGUUGUCGCGGCCUCUAGAUGCAGCGAGAAUAUUUUAUCAAGGUUUGAAGCUUCUUCCAAAGUCAUCAGAUGUAAUCCAAAUUUCGGAGUUUAUAGUUGGCAUCUUCUCGAGCAUUAACAAUGUAAGAGCUAUUACCCCACAGAUUUUAUCUAUCACUAAAGAUAUUGUAAGAGAAAAUUUCAGUCUGUCAGUUUGGCAACACGUGAUUGAAAAGCUGGUCAGGAGGGCACAAUGGCAGGCUUGUCUGUUAUUGGCAACUGAAAAAGACAGGUUGCCAAGGAAUCUGCGAGUCACCAAUUUAUCGCUGAAAGAUCUGUUUGAUAAAUAUGUCCUCUUUGGCCUGUAUGAGAGAAUGGAAAGGGUACCCAAACUGGUGGAGUGGCUGAUCACCAUUGGAGCAAACAUAGAAAGUGUCGGCACUUGUCCUCUUCAUGCAGUCAUCAAACUUUGUAUCAAAGCAAAAGGAAACCACCUUUUCACAUGGUUGCUUGCCCAUAAACCUGAACUGAAGGCUCUUAUCAACCAGCAAAAUGAAGAUGGGUCAACAGUUCUCCACAUUGUAGCAUCCCAGACAGUUGGAUAUUCUUUAAAAAAUCAAAUUGAAGAUGUGGUGAUGCUUCUAAAUGCUGGGGUGGACCCAAGGAUCCUUGAUGCACACUCAAAGUCUGCCGUAGAUAUCUUCAAAAAGAACAAGAAGUUCAGACCUGUAGAAAUAAUCAAUAACUACAUGGAGAGAAACACCUUCUUUUCCAAGGAGUCAUCAGCUGCAGGGCAGACGGAAGGUGAAACCUUGAUAGCCUCGCUUCAGGAUGCUUUUGAGCAGUUUGAAAGCUUUUGCCAUUUGGAAAGCAAAGCCCACAACACCAACCUGCUGAAGCAUAAAGUAGUUCAGGGGCUUCUGAAGCAGCUGUCUGCAGUAAGAGAAAUCCCUGAAGAGGUGGUCUGUGACAUUCCUCCUGCCUGUGGUAGCAAGUUGAUAAAGCUGUUGCUGGAGAAGAAAAUGUGGCAUGAAGUUCUGUUGCUGCUGACCCGAAAGGCCGUGGAGAUGAUGUCAGGAGAUGGUCUUGUUAAAAGCUGCAACCUCUCAGAUGUUGACAUCGGCACUAUCUUGAAGCAUGUGGACAGGAGGGAUAACCGACGAGUGCAUCUCAUAAGAUGCUUGAUAAAGAGAGGAGCAUCACCAGAGGGGACUGGAAUCGUCCAUGAGAAACCACUUCAGAAAUGUUUGCACAGUCAUGAUUUUGAGUUGGCAUAUUUGCUGCUGAGCUGUCGUGCUGAUCCUCAGUUUUUGUCCUUGGUGGAAGGUGAUACUCCUUUACAUGCUGCGUUGUCCAUUUGCUUUGAGCAUAAAGAUGACAUUGGUUUGCAGUUCCUGAGCUACCUUUUAGAUUUGUAUGGUUCAAAUCCAUCUACAUUUCCAUACCUUAAUCCUAACAACCAAGAUAAGAAUGGAGAUACAGUAAUGCACGUUAUUUUUCAGAAAGGAGUGACAAAGCAGGUUAAGAAAAUGCUAGGCUUGCUAGCAAAAUUUUCUAUUAACUUCAAUUUAAAAAAUAAGAUGGGGAGAGAUGUGCGUUACAAGAAAAAAAAGAACGAUCCAAUGCUUAUAGCUUGGAAUGAAGCUGUGGCCGAGAACAAGAAGAAAUGUCGACAUGAUGCGGUCGGGCACCAAGCUCGGAUGGCAAAGCCGAGUGCAGCUUGCAACAGAUCCCAGCCCAAAAGCACAAACCAUUCUUCAGCUACAUCUGUAUCAAAAACACCACAUGGAAAAUUGCCCUUGGAUAGAGAGACAAAACCCGAUCACGAUUGCUCUAAGUGGGACGAGGCAGAAGCUGCUGGAGUGGAGAAUUUCUCUGAUAGAGAUGGUAAUAAGCCAUUAACACUACGAGAGUGCCUCGUGCAAGAAAUUGCAAAUAUAAUCCAAAAAUUGGCGUUGGGUGAAGUUAUAAGAAGUGAUUUAGUGAGACCUGAAAUACUAAAGCCACCCACAGCUACAGUUGAUGGUGAAGAGGGUGAACAUCAUAGCUUUAGUCAUGAGGGGUUGGCUAAUGUUUGCGUCAACAGUGGGGAUCCAUUAGAGAAGGCCCAUGAUGAGCUUAAGGAGUUGAAAGAAGAGGAAGAAGCCACUGAAGAUGAUGGGCAUAUUCAGGAGAUUGAGGCGCAUGCUCAAGACUUUGAUAACAUGACCUGGGAAAUCGAGUGCACAUCUGAAACACUGAAGAAGCUGGAAAACAAGAGCACACCUCGUUACAUAAAGAAGAAAAUAAUACUUGUAAUCCAACAGCUAGGAAAUGGAGAAUGGACACAAGGUUUGCAGAAGCGGCUGAAACAUCUGAACACUGACAUUCAACUCUAUGAAGCAAAGUUGGACAAAGGGGCAAGGAUGCUGUGGGAGCUUGCCAUCGACUUUUCUCCCCGUUGCAGUGAGAAUGCAGAAACGAUCAUCGAGCAUGAGCAUUCGGUUCAUCCUACAGAAAAAACAGGGAGAGUUUACACUGAAAUCAUUCGGAUAUGGGACAUUGUACUCGAUCACUGCAAACUUGACCAGGCUAUCAAAACAAUCUGUGUUGCAUAUAAGCGUGGCCUUUCUUGCAUCCUGAGGAAAAAACUGAAAGGUAUAAAUACAGCUCUUGUGUCGUCUAACUUGAAAACGCAAAAGCGCAUUCCUCGCAUUUAUGUUGAAGACACCAAGCCAGAAAAGUCAAAAGACUGUGACAUACCUGACUAUUUCCCCCCAGCUAGUGCAGUAGAAACUGAAUACAAUAUAAUGAAGUUUCAUAGUUUCAGUACCAACAUGGCACUCAACAUCAUAAAUGAUAUGACUUCUACUGUCGAAUACCCUUUCAGAGUUGGAGAAUUAGAGUAUGCAGUCAUUGAUUUGAACCCUAAGCCCUUGGAGCCAAUCAUCUUAAUUGGACGGAGUGGAACAGGAAAGACUACUUGUUGCUUGUACAGGCUUUGGAAGAAAUUUCACUCUUACUGGGAGAAAGCGGAAUAUGCAGGAGGUCCAUUGCUGGUACGACAGAAAUGGCACAGGGUAAAAUUUGAUAUGCAGUUGGGAAGUGCAACCACUGAGGAGGAAGAUCACAGUGAAAAACAAGACAGCUGCAACUCUGUUGAUUCUGGUGAACUGGAAACAAUUGAAAGUACAGAUGAUGAGCAAGAACCCAAUGAGGAUGAGCAAGAUUCUUCAGAGUUAAAUGACCCGGAAAUAAAUUGGGUGAAUGACAGUGGGGACGAAGAGAGGCGUACGGCAGAAGAAUCUGACAAACUGGAACAUUUGCAUCAGAUCUUCAUUACGAAAAAUCAUGUUCUUUGCCAAGAAGUUCAGAGGAACUUCUCUGAGCUUAGUAAAUCUUCCAAGGCAACUAGUCAUUUCAAGCCACUUGAGACAACUGUUUACAGACUUCAGGAUAUUCAAGAUGAAAAUUUUCCCCUCUUCCUCACGUCAAAACAGUGGUUACUCUUACUCGAUGCCUCGAUGCCAGACCCGUUUUUCCUUAGGAAUGAAGAUGGAAGUCUCAAGCGCACCAUUACUGGCUGGUCCACUAAAGAAGAGUUUCUUAUCUCAAAUUGGCAAGAGGAAGAGGAGGAUGUUGAUGUAGAAGUAGAUUAUGAUGAGGAUGAAAAGACUGCAGAAGUUCACCCCAAAGAGCACGAUCCUCGAAUAUUCGUGACAUACAGUAUAUUUGCUUAUGAAAUCUGGCCCAAAAUGGUAAAAGGCAAAUGUCCUUACAACCCAGCAUUAGUUUGGAAAGAAAUAAAAUCUUUUUUGAAAGGAUCUAUUGAAGCAUUGAGCAGCCCCCAGGGCAUACUGACAGAGGAAGAAUAUAAAAAACUUGGCAGAAAGAGGUCUCCGAACUUCAAAGAAGAUCGUAGUGAAAUUUAUCAACUGUUCAGUGUUUACCAGCAAAUACGAUCCCAAAGAGGCUAUUUUGAUGAAGAAGACCUCUUGUACAACUUGUCCCAAAGACUUUUGAGGCUUGAUGAUCUACCGUGGUGCAUCCAUGAACUUUAUGGGGAUGAAAUUCAGGAUUUCACUCAGGCAGAGCUAGUGUUAUUAAUGAAAUGUAUCGAUGAUCCAAAUGCGAUGUUUCUGACCGGCGAUACGGCUCAGAGCAUCAUGAAAGGAGUUGCGUUUCGUUUCAGCGACCUGAGAUCGCUUUUCCAUUAUGCCAGCAAAAGCUCUGCUAUCAAGAAACAGUAUGUCGUAAGGAAACCAAAAAGGAUAUAUCAGCUUUAUCAGAACUACAGAUCCCAUUCAGGGAUUCUUCACUUGGCCUCUGGAGUUGUUGAUUUGCUUCAGUACUAUUUCCCUGAAUCUUUUGAUCGUCUUCCUAGGGAUUUGGGCCUCUUUGAUGGGCCUAAGCCCACUGUGUUGGAAUCUUGCAGCGUUAGUGAUUUGGCAAUUCUGCUGAGAGGCAACAAAAGGAAAACACAGCCGAUAGAAUUUGGAGCACAUCAAGUGAUACUGGUAGCAAACGAAUUGGCAAAGGAAAAGAUACCCGAGGAACUUAGUUUGGCUCUUGUGCUGACAAUUUAUGAAGCAAAAGGUUUAGAAUUUGAUGAUGUUCUCCUCUACAACUUUUUUACAGAUUCAGAGGCUUACAAAGAAUGGAAGAUAGUUUCCUCGUUCACACCUUCGUGCCAUUUCCCUGAAGAAAACAAGCUCAUCAUUGAAACGCCUUUGGAAAAAGAUGUUGAUAAGCAAGGCAAGCCACAGGUUCUGAAUGUCGAAAUGUACAAGUUGCUUAAUGGAGAGCUAAAGCAAUUAUAUACUGCAAUUACAAGAGCCCGGGUCAAUCUGUGGAUCUUUGAUGAAAACAGUGACAGGCGUGCACCAGCAUUUCAAUAUUUCAUCAAGCAAGAAUUUGUUCAGGUUGUCAAAACAGAUGAAAAUAAAGACUUGGAUGAUAGCAUGUUUGUUAAAACAUCCACUCCGGAAGAAUGGAUUGCGCAGGGAGAAUAUUAUGCUAAGCACCAGUGUUGGAAGGUGGCAGCCAAGUGCUAUCAAAAGGGGGGAGCCGUUGAAAAGGAAAAACUGGCUUUGGCACAUGAUGCUGUGCUUCAAGUGCAGUCAAAGAAAAUCAGCCCCAAAGACAAACAAAUGGAGUACAUGGAUCUGGCUAAAAUCUAUCUCGAAUGUGGUGAACCAAAUCUGGCUCUCAAAUGCCUGUUCCAUUCGAAAGAGUACCCACUUUGCGCACAGCUCUGCGAAAAGCUAGGAAGGGUGAAGGAUGCUGCCUAUUUCUAUAGAAGAGGCCAGUGCUACAAAGAUGCGUUCAGGUGCUUUGAAGAGAUUCAAGAGUUUGAUCUAGCACUUAAAAUGUGUUGCUACGAAGAACUGUAUGAAGAAGCAGCAAAAUAUGUGGAAAGAUACGAGAAAUUGCUAAAGAAAGAAGGGCAGCCGGCUUCAAAACUUUCGUAUACAGCCAGCCAGUUUUAUCUAGAAGCUGCUGCCAAGUACUUGAGUGCAAACAGGAUCAAUGAAAUGAUGUCUGUGCUUUCUCACCUUGACACUGAAGAUCAGCUUGUUUUCUUGAAAGCUCACAAAUACUUCUCUGAAGCGGCGGAUCUGCUGAAGAGGGAAGGCCGAGAUGAAGAGGCUGCAAAACUGAUGAAGCAACAUGGCUUUGUGUUGGAAGCAGCAAAUCUUACUAAUCGGAGAGAUUUCCGAGCGUCUUGUUUGCUUGCGGCAGCCCGCCUUAGCAUCGCAGGUGUUUACAAGUUGGAGAAUUUAAAAGCAAUCUUGGAAGAAGCCUUGGAGUUAUGCGAACAAACUAACCAAAAAUCUAGCAGCGCCGAGGCAGUGUAUCUGAUGGGAAUUGAAGAGAAGGACUUCUAUAAGUUGAAGGAUGCUUUCCAUAUGUUUCUGCAUGUGAAUCACCAUGCAGGUGCCGUUGAAGCACUUUUUGGAGCAGUUCAGUGUGAAGAAAGCAAUGAGAGCAUCUUGAGAUUAAUAGCCACACAUGGCAUAGGAGCAAUUCUGAACCUGGUCAAAGCUUUCCAAAAAGCAGACACAAAUGCUGAGAAAGAAAUGGUCAAGUCAUGUUUUGAUUACUUUGGAAUUGCGCCGAUAGAUAAAUUUUUUUGCCAAGUGUCUCAGAAUGAAGCUGGAUGUAUUUUAGAGUUUCUGUCUGAACAGGCCACUCUGAGAGAGAAGAAAACAAGUGACCAGUUUGUUACAAGUCUAGAAGAAGUAAAAUCUGCUCUAAAUAAAUACUUAUUGAACAGGCUUGUUGCCAUUACUCAUAAUUUACUUGAACGAAAUUUCCCCGAUAUUUGCACAAAAUUCAUUGUCGGCUUGAAGUGUGAGGAUGAAAACUGUGAAGACUUCCACAGAACUUUGUCACGUCAUGAGAUAAAAUCCAUUUUCCAGUGCAAAAGGCAUUUGGCUACAAUAAAUGGCCUACUGUUGGAAGCAAAGCGAGUGUUUCCAAAAGAUGUGUUUUGUGAACCUAAUGCCAUCGACGAACUUCUGACAGCUGAUAAGUAUGCCUUGUGUAAAUCCCUUAUAAAUACCUUCUUUCCUAAACAUUUCCACCUGAGGAUGGUGUCCGAAAACCCCAUGGCGUGCAAAGAAAUCCUAAGUCUUCACAGAGGUGGCUACAGAACCUUAAAUCCUUGCAAAAUGGUGCUGAGGGAAUAUAUCAGAUUGGAAUUUAAAAAUGAGACUGCCCGAAACAGAAGAGAAUCGACUGAUCUGUGGCUGAGGGCGAUGCAGGUCUUUGCUUUAACUUCCAGUUACCCUGAAGAGUUUGAGAGGCUUCUUUGCAAAGAGGAAGAUGAGUAUAACCGAGAAGUCAAGUUGCUUGCAGAAAGGGGAAGAGUUAGACCGAAAGGUAUAGAGGGCAGGUAUGGCAUGGUGAUGCCUGACAAAUAUGCAGACAAUGCUGAAAGCACCUACUUGUGUUUUAUUCGACUCCUGCAGGAUUCCAUGGACCAGCUCUUCAUUCACAGAAAUGUCGAAGAUUGCAGGUGGAUGUUUUACCGCUUCAUGAACAUCCUGGUUGUGAAAUGCAUCGAUCCGUUGAUUCCAAGCAUAAGAAACACAGUGGCUUUACUAGAAUUUCAGUUUGUCUUAGGCUGUGCUGUCCUGAUGCGCCUCUGCAGAAACAUGACUCUUUGCCUUCCCAAGAGUUACAUUGCUCUCAUCCAUUACUGGGAUUUUUUAUUCAGAAGGGGAGAUCACAACAAAGACUUCGUGUAUUCUGUCAUACAAGACUACAAGCCGGAAGACACGAAGAAAGCCGUAAGAGAUUUUAAAAAACAUCUCAUCUAUUUGGCGGAUGUUCUGUGUGGAUAUGAAGACUUCAAUGUACUUGUGGAUGCUUUUGGUGACUCGGAUUAUAUCACAUCGGGAGAAGCUGAGCGUACGGUGGUGCUUUGCUUAGUGAUGUUGAUAAAUGCUGACCAGGUGCUCAGUUGGAAAUACAAAAUGGUUUUAGCGGAACACUUCCCAGCCAUCAGGGAAAGCCUUCUGGAAAUGAAAACGAACUGCCCUUCCAAAGUUCCUGAAAGAUUGUUUAGGAUUGUGAAUCUGAUGAGUGACGUUUCUGAGGUUAAAGAAGUAGUGGAAGGCCUAAAGGAGCUUUUGUAUUGCCGAGAUGAGGAGUUUUUAGCCGACUGUCGUUGGAGGUGGGAUCCAAGAGGAGCAAGGGGUACCUGGCAUGAGGAUAACAAAGUGCUGAGAGGCAUCUAUUAUGAGGUUGCAGACUUGGACAGAUUUGCAUAUCUCAGUCAGGCAAAUGACUUUGAAGAGCCAGAAAUGGAUUUUGAAACAGAUGUCUGUGUUGAAGAGAGAGAGGAUCCAUUGGCUAACAUAGCAUCCCUAAGGCAGCAGAAACAACAGCAGAAAGCCUCUGCAAAGCGGAAGUUGCAGUUCUUUUUCCGGUUUGUUCGCUGUUGUAUUAGAUGGAAAAGGGUUUCCAGCUCAAAACUGGAGUCCUCGGAAAUGUCUUUGGGAGUCUUUAAAAAAGCAGAUAUUGACCGGACACAGUGUGAUCUCUGUGGAGUGAAAUUUCUCCAAAGUCCUGACAACUUUGUUAUUCAGGCAGAGGAUUCUGAAAAGGAACCCACUCAAGCAACGACACCAAUAGAGGGGGACUGGGCAGAGAAUGCGGAAAGAAAUGAAAAUAUUACUGCUGGUGAAACUUUUGAGAGUCAUAUAAUCCUAGCUGAGCAUAAAAAUAAAUAUGUUUCUUAUCAAAGAUACUUUGAUUUUUUCAAAAAGGAGGUAGACCCAGUGCUAUGUGAUGGAAUAAGUGUGGUAGAAAGCAUUGGAGAAAAUACAUGUAUCAAAGGCCACAUUGCAUUCAAGGAACGUUCUAAACUAGAGCAAACAAAAAUCCAAGAAGCUAUUAAAAAGAUUUCAGAUACAGUGGAGGACAUCUACAAGCGAAAAGCAUGGUCUGAGGCUGAAGAAGUUAUGUCCAAGUUGGCUAGGAAUUUAUGCACUAAUCUAAACGAUGCUUGUGAAUGGCUGAAAAAAACGGAGUCUAGCCUGCUACAGGAGGAAGAGUUUGACCACGACAAAGACUUGGACAAUGAAGUGAAAGGCGAAGAGAUCAACUUUGAAGAACUACACCACAAGAAGCCCUCGCGAAAACAUGGCAAGCGAAGAAGAAAAUGAUUUUUUAAAUGCUGAGGUCUCUCUGCCCUCUGAUUUGGGUUCUUUUGAAAAAUAAGCAGUGAAGUGCAUAAACAAAAAAAAAGUUUAAAGUUUUUUUCUUUUUUCCUUUGUAAUUGGGGCAGCAGGUUAACGACUAAUUAAUAAUCAUCAUGACCAGAUUUUAAGAGUACCAAGAGAGGCUGAAUUUCAGAUGCAUUCAGCUCAGCAGGAAGACAGUCUGGAAUUCCACAUUUGGCAGAGACCCAGAUCUCAGCUGGACAGCUAAAGCAACGGAGAAGGAGGGGCCGUUCAAAGCAGAUUAAGUAUCGGGAGGGAAGUGCUUAGUUUCCCCCCAGUUUGCCACACUUUCUCUGCAGCACCCCCUCCCCUCCUCCGGAUCUAGGGCCCGUCUCAUUAUCUGCUUCAAAUCAUGCCCUUCUGCAGCCAGGUUCUUGGACUGCAGUCUACCGUGAAUGAGUAAUUCUGCCCUUAGAAUAGAAUGAGGAGAAAGAAUUACUCCCUUCUUUUCGACAUUCCAUUUUCCAUUUUAGUGCCGUUAUUUAUCUACCAGUUAGUCUAGGAAUGACCUCAAUGAGAAGACUGUUCAUCAAGUUCCAGUGAAUUUUAAACUUUCAGAAUGUUCAAAAGACAACUUAACACACACGGAAAAGCUCCCGUCUUUCUCCGGAGCCCCUCAGAAAGGGACAAGAGGCUCUCUUGAUUUUUUUCCCCUUAAUUUGUUUUGAUAUUAGCUGUUCUUUACAUGUGUCAAAAAUAUGGUAUGUUUCUUCAGAGAGUCAUUGUGGUUUAUAUGCAUUUUAAAUUUGAAAAGAUUUUAUACGUUUGGAAUGCCAUAAAUAAAAACUUGCAUUAGAUUAUUUUUAGAACAAAAUAAAGAUUACUGAAAUUGUA